AUGCUCGCUGGGGUCCCCGCCCACCGCGCCCUUGAGAGGAACCCCGAGUUUGCGCCACACCCUGCCAUCCCGCCCGGGCCUCGGCUGCCCCCGGCGCGCCGCAGCCUUCGCAUCUGGUUCGUGUGCGACCCCUUGGGCAUCCUGUGUGCCACUGGGACCUGGGGGCUGGUGCUGGGCGUGGCCAGCGCGCUGCUGACCCAGCGACUCAUCCCAUCUGGGGACGUGGUCUACGGGGCGGCCCAUGGCGUCCUCUUCCACCUGCUGGCCUUCCUGGGGCUGGCAUCUCACACACGCACCAUGAUCACCGACCCCGGCUCCGUCCCGCUGGGCCACCCGUUCCGGCUGGGAGCACCCCGCUGCCAUCGCUGCGGCGGCGGCAGGCCUGUGCGCGCCCACCACUGCAGCGUGUGUCGGCGCUGUAUUCGCAAGAUGGACCACCACUGCCCCUGGGUCAACAACUGCGUGGGCGAGGACAACCGCAAGUACUUCGUGCUAUUCACCUUCUACAUCGGCCUGGCCUCGCUGCACGUGCUCCUGCUGCUCGGCGUCCCCGUCCUACGAGGCUACAUGCGCGGUGAGUGGGGCGCCAACAGCUCCUUCUCGGCGCGGGGCUCCGUCAUCUUCCUGUUCUUGGUGAGUCUGAAGGGCUUCAUUUUCACCUCGGUGAUGUUUGGCACCCAGUUGCACGCCAUCUGCAAGGACCAGACGAGAAUUGAGCUGCUUCAGAGGGCGCCAGGCAGGUGGGGCAAAGGCAGCAAGUGGAUGAACUUGAAGGCAGUCUUUGGACACCACUUCUCUGUAGACUGGAUCAACCCCUUUGUCUCCCCCCAGCCUCAGAAAUCAGAUGGGCACCACGAUUAUGUCUGA